GUUUACUCGAUGCACGUGAGUGUGGCCACAGACCUGCAACGAAGCGCAUUCUGUCAAGGUCAUCCACCACCUUGUCCACAGACCUCUCUAGCAUUGCCUGGCAGGAUCUUCACGGCUUAGCUCAUUAACACACGAAAAUUACAGGAUGGGUGCGACAAACGUGCCCUCGAGUUCCUCCUCACAGUGGCUUUUGCCCGUGACUGCUCUCCGAUACACGCCAAGUCAGACAACCUCAGAUAUACCUCUCGAGAAGGAGCUUUAUGAUAGGGCACGAGGAGUUGAGUUUCUCUUCCGAAUGGGAGUUGCUUUGCAAUUGCCGCUUUCAGCUCUUUACACAGCUGCGGUCUGGUUUCACAGAUUCUACAUGCGGUUCUCGCUGGAAGACUAUCAUAGACAGGAAGUAGCAGCAGCAUGUCUAUUUCUCGCCACCAAAACCGAGGAAUGCGGAAGGAAACUUCGCGACGUCGCCAAAGUGCUUUGUGCCAAGACAUUGAAUUUGUCUGCCGCAGAGGUCCCUGACGAUCACAAGGACCUAGAGCAAUAUCAGAAUGCCAUUCUGGUGACCGAAGAAAUCUUGCUUGAGGGACUCUGCUUCGAUUUCGUAGUGGAGAGCCCACAUGCCGAACUCGUGGACCUGUUUGAAGUCAGGCAGGACACCACGGAACUCGAAGAAUGUGCUUGGUCAGUCGCAAACGACACUGCGAGGACACCUCUGUGCGUGCUAUUUCCUGCACGCAUAAUAGCGGCGGCCUGCUACAUCCUCGCCCAACAUGUCAUAGAAGGUCCUCAAUCUCCGUCAUUGGAUGUCCGAAUAGCUUCUCCUGCUCCGUCAACGUCAUUACCCACGCCGCCGUCACAUAAGGUAGUGCCGCCUGAGGCUUCGCGCUUUGCCCUCGAACACUUCGGCUUCAAUGAAGUAGACUUGGUUAGCAUCGCAGAGGUCUUGAACAUCAUCCUUGAAUUCUAUGCAGCACAAGACUUGCAGACCGCAACCCACCUCGGGCCGGUGGCAGCUAUACCUCCUCCGAGGGUGUCGACGUCCCGGGAGAGAUUGUAUACCCCGUUUAGCCAGCUCAACAGUCACCGUCACUUACAGGCAACGACGGGCGGCGACGCGAGUGGUUCGCCGGCAUCGACCCACGGUGCGAGUACUCCCGGAAAGCCUCAGUCGCGAGGUUGGAAACCAAUCCGAGGAUCUGGCUAGCGUAUGAACAAUCUUCUACGCUACCUAUCGCUCGAGAUGAUUAUCAGGUCGUCGUAGGCUCGCCCGACUGUCCGCCGAAUAUGCCUCGCACGAGAAGCGGACAACGCGUUUUCUGCACCAGUAGUGAUCGAGAGGAAUGAAGGGGUUAGCCCUCUUUUACCUCUUUGUCGUGCAUGCGUCGCUUUAUCUUACAUACGGAGAGGAUGUCGCCGAAGGUCCGUGUCCAGUACGACACUGUCCAUUUUCCAUGUAGGCGUUUAUAGACGACUGUCUUCCCUCAUAUGUACCUGCACAUGCCCCUGUCAAUCGACUCACGGAACACCCAGGUGAGCUCCGACCUCAUGCUGCCCUUCAGGUACCGUUCUUCGUGCCUUCGGACCGGGAUAGCCAAGAUAUGAACAAAAGGAACACCAUCCACACCACUGGGGACUCGUCAUCGCCUUGGCAUUUCACGACGCUCGGGAGCCAUACUCACAUUGAACGAUGCUCGGAUCAUCA